UUGUUCACGAAAUGGAAAUCAAAGUUGGAGAUUCUAUUAGAAUUGAAGAUGGCUUUUAUGUUCCUGAAGAACUGUAUAUGCAAUAUAAAAAGAUGAACAUAUCUAGUAUAUUUUCUUGGCAAGCUGAAUGCCUUCGCCUGCCUGGUGUUCUUGAGGGGAAUAAAAAUCUUGUUUACUCAGCUCCUACUAGUGCUGGAAAGACCCUCGUUGCUGAGCUCAUUGUACUUAAACGUGUUUUGGAAUCUUCAUUGAAAGCAUUUAUUAUUCUACCUUAUGUGUCUGUAUCAAGAGAGAAAAUGACUUACCUACAGAAACUGUUCAGCAGUCUGGGUAUUCGUGUUGGAGGCUACAUGGGGGGUCACAGUCCACCUGGGGGUUUGUCCGCCAUUAAUGUAGCCGUCUGUACAAUUGAAAAGGCAAACAGUCUGAUUAAUAGACUAAUAGAAGAAGAUCGUUUAGACGAAUUAGGUAUUGUCGUUGUCGAUGAAUUACAUCUUAUUGGUGAUACUCAUCGAGGUUAUUUACUGGAGUUGUUGUUAACAAAGUUACUCCUCUAUUCACGUCGCAGAUUAAAUGCUAAACUAAUUGAUGGUGGCAAAGGUUCAGGGGAUUCUCAAAGUCUGUUAAAUGGAUCUUUGAACCAAUCCUACUGUGAUACAGGUGGUAUUCAAAUAGUUGGCAUGAGUGCUACUUUGCCAAAUCUUGCGACACUUGGACAGUGGUUAGAUGCAGAGGUUUAUGUAACAAAGUUUCGUCCAGUCCCACUGACUGAACUCAUUUUAUCAUGUGAUACAAGAUCUAAAGUGAAUGAGUUCUAUAAAUUAGUUAAUUCUGAUGUUGAUAGUGUUUGCAGUCAACAGAAGUCAGAGUGUCUGGUACCUACUGAUAAUUUACCUUUGGAUCCACAGUUAACUUCUGAUAUUCAAUUAAAUGAUGAAGAUGGUGUGUUUGGUUUGUGUCUUGAUUCAUUCUUGAAUGGACAUGGUGUACUAGUGUUUUGUCCUACUAAACAAUGGUGUGAACAAUUAGCUGAUACAAUGGCACGUCAUAUCUUCAGUCUAACACAGUCCUACUUUUCAGCACAAUGUCAGCAGGAAAAUAAUACCCGGGUGUUAAGGUCUGAGGAUCCUGUUGACAGCGAUCCAAAUGAUUGCUACUUAGGACCGGAUAUUGGAGUACGCUUGGCAUCACGUUUGGACCGAGUGGGCCUUACCACUUGUGUCGACCAGCUAAGGCGUUGUCCAGCUGGCCUUGAUACAGCUUUGGCAAGAUGUCUAGGCUAUGGUGUUGCCUUUCAUCAUGCAGGUCUUACAAUUGAAGAACGAGAAGUGAUUGAGUUUGGCUUCCGUAAAGGUCUUAUUCGUAUUUUAAUUGCCACAUCCACAUUAAGUUCUGGAGUUAAUCUACCCGCUCGUCGUGUUAUAAUUCGAACACCAUUGUUUCAUGGACAUAUGCUAGAUUAUCUUACUUAUAAACAAAUGGCUGGUCGAGCAGGUCGUCAAGGCGUUGAUACUAGUGGCCAAAGCAUAUUAUUAUGUAAACCCAAAGAUUUGGGACGUGUACGUCAGUUGGUGAUGAAUGGAAUGCCACCAGUGAAUUCCUGUCUAAUGGGUCAAGGAGGCAGCCCUGAAUCUAGCCUAAAACGUGCCUUACUUGAGUUACAUCAGAGGUAUGCUGUGAUUUAA